AUGACCGAUUCUGAUAGAGACACUCACCAGGUUCCAAGAGGAAAUAAAGCAACGUUUGCUUUGUGUAUGGUUAUGGUUGUGGCGUUUUUCUUAUUGCAACAACCCAACUAUCAUUAUUUUACCAUGAAACAUGACAUUGGUAUUAACAUAGAAUCACAAGCCAUCAAACAGACCGAGACUUUAAAACAGCUGGAGAUCGUCGUCACUUUUCCUUAUAUGUUAGAUCCAACAUUCAAAUUAAUUGCACACGGGGCACGCAACGAAACUGAUAAAAUGCAGAGGAUGGAAGAGUACAUGACUUGUCUUAAAUUUACACUAAAUCACCGCUUUAUAUCCAGAGUUCAUCUACUCUACGAUCAACCAUCUAUAGUGAGAUAUAUUAUAUCACGGUUGGAUCAUUCAAUUCGUAACAAAAUCACAUUUCAACUAGUGAAAGACGCUGUAAUCUCUUUGACCGCCUUUGAAUAUGUUUUUUCAAACUUGCAAGGACGACUUGUGAUGAUGAUGCAAGCCGACAACUACCCAGGAGACGGAUUCAACCUAGUUGACAAAAAUCUUCUUAGAGAGAAAAAACUAAUGUACGCUCUGACCAGACAUGGCCAGUUAGAGAGUGCCUGUGAUAUGAGAAAAGAAAAAUCAUCAAACACAUGUGCUAAGGGGAAGUACCAUGGAUCACAUGAUGGAUACAUUUUCGUACCAAAUGGUAACUUACCAACAAACGCCACUAAGAUCAUGAACGUUAAAUCUUAUAAAUUUGGCAUUGACAACUUAAUUAUAUGGAUGUUUAAAAAUGUCCUCAAUUAUAAAGUUUUAAAUCCAUGUAAAAUCAUUCACAUCUUCCAUGUACACUGCAGUGGCGUCAGAAACAGAGACAACAUAAAGAGAGUUAGUAAAGGUAGACAUGGUCUACAACCGCCAACAGAUAAAUUGUUUUAA